GACUGCAGAGGUCUGGCUGGGUGUUAUUAUGACCGCGAACCGGCGCCGUCAACACCCAGACGCAGCGCAGCAAAACAGGCAAGUGGCGCUCCGCAUCGUCCCUAAUGAAUGAGUGCGCAGGAAGAACCAUGAGUCACCAGUAAAGGUCUGCAGGAUGUCUUUUAAGAAGGAAACGCCCCUGGCUAAUGCUGUGUUUUGGGCAGCGAGGAAGGGGAACUUGGCUCUACUUCAGCUGCUGCUCAACAGCGGGCGCGUGGACUCGGACUGCAGAGACAGUGUACGGACGCUGCAUGUCCCGGCUGCUCAGCUGCACGCUUUUCCCAUAACCCACCUGUGGUAGGGACACAGAGAGCUUCAAGCCUUUCCUCUGUGGUUGCAUGAUGUGUGUGUACCACCCAUUUUAUGUUUUCGCCCCCAUCAUAAUAAAGGUAUGGAACGACAGCGCUGAUGGUGGCAUCCUACAGCGGCCAUCUUGACUGUGUCAAAGAACUUAUCAUGCACGGAGCGGACAUCAACUACCAGAGAGAUACAGGUUCCACCGCCUUGUUCUUCGCCUCCCAGCAGGGACACAACGACAUUGUGAAACUCCUCUUUGAAUUCGGUGCCUCUACUGAAUUCCAGACUAAGGAUGGUGGCACAGCUCUCACAGUCGCCUCUCAGUACGGACACUCCAAGGUGGUGAGCACCCUGUUGAAGCAUGGAGCCAAUGUUCACGACCAGCUGAAUGACGGUGCCACUCCUCUGUUCCUUGCUGCCCAGGAGGGCCACGUGCAUGUCAUCCGUCAGCUGUUGUCAUCCGGUGCCAAGGUUAACCAAGCCAGGGAGGAUGGCACGUCCGCCCUGUGGAUGGCAGCCCAGAUGGGUCAUGGUGAGGUGGUGAGGGUGCUACUCUUACGUGGUGCAGAUCGGGAUGCUGACAGACAAGAUGGAUCAACUGCGUUAUUCAAAGCCGCUUUAAAGGGACACAACAGUGUCAUCGAGGAGCUUCUCAAGUUUUCUCCGUCAGUUGGCCUUCUCAAGAAUGGCUCCACUGCCCUACAUGCUGCUGUUAUGGGGGGGAAUAUUCGAACUGUUGUGCUGCUGCUCGGGGCCAACGCAGACCCCACACUACCCAACAAGAAUAAUGAACUCCCUGCAGAUCUUACAAAGAGCGAUCGCAUCCUAAAGGUGUUACAUCCAUCUAAAUCAAUCUUAGGUGGAGACAGCUGAUGACCACCCAGACUCCUACCUUCAUGCCUGGCUGUACCACACUGACCAAGUGCACUGAGAGGAGGAAAAAUAACCCAGUGUCUAAAUCUACUCAACUACCACAUACUGUAUACUGUACUGGUGCUUGCUUUUGAUUGGAAUUAAGUCAUAUAUGUUUAAUAAACCUGGACUAAAUAUACAUAUGCACUCAAUGUGCAACCAAAAUGCAUUUGUCUGCCAUGUGCAUCAUCUCCUUUACUCUGUUGGUAUACAGCAUGGGCACUUACUUUUCUUUACCCCAGGUGAUUUCUAGAUAUUUUGCACACUUUUUAUUUGCCUUUUUAAUGAAUGUAAUAAAGUGCCAAUUUGUUAUU